AUGUUUCCAGGUGCUGCGGGUAGAACAGCUCCCAUAUUUCAGUUAGGCAAAUGUCUCACCAUACCAAUGGAGUUACACGCCACCAAUCGGAAGCGUCUUUGUGAUCGUAUCCGAAACAAGCUAUUGAAUACUGUUACGGAAGGAUUAUCAUCAGAUUUUUCAGGCGUAUAUAUUGUACUCCAAGGCGGUACGGAUACUUAUUUGGGGGAAUCUGAUUCCGCCAACGUGUUCCGACAGGAAUCAUUUUUUCAUUGGGCAUUUGGUGGUCUUGAACCCGAUUGCUAUGGGACGGUUGAAGUUGCAUCUGGACGUUCCGCUCUAUUUAUCCCCAGAAUAUCAGAACAAAAUGCCAUAUAUUAUGGUGAAUUGGCGACUCCUGAACAAUUUUCAAGAAAAUAUGGCGUUGAUGAAACAUAUUACACUGGCGAGAUCGCCUCACGUUUGAGUCAAUGGAAAGCCACCAUUUUAUUAACACUAUGUGGGGUGAACACAGACAGUAAUCGUCCGACAUUGGAGGCUAAGUUUGAUGGCAUUGAAAAAUUUAAAGUGAACAAGAACAUUCUUCAUCAUGAAAUUGCUUUAUGUCGUCUUAUCAAAACUGAAAUGGAGUUGGAGAUUAUUCGCUACACAAAUCGCAUUAGCAGUGCUGCACAUCGCCAUUUAAUGCGCUCCGUCAAACCUGGAAUGUAUCAAUAUCAAGCAGAAAGUAUUUUUCGGCAUUACUGCUAUUUCUAUGGCGGAAUGCGUCAUAUGAGCUACACGUGUAUCGCUGCCACAGGUUGUGAUUGCGCUGUACUUCACUAUGGACACGCAGGUGCACCAAAUGAACAUCAAAUUCUAGACGGUGAAAUGUGCUUAUUUGAUAUGGGCGGUGAAUAUUAUUGUUAUUCAUCGGAUAUUACGUGUUCAUUUCCCGUGAAUGGUCGUUUCACAGAUGAUCAAAAGUUGAUCUACAAUGCUGUUUUACGAGCUUCACGUGCUGUGCUAAAUGAAAUUAGACCAGGUGCAGAUUGGGUUAAACUUCAUCAACUAGCUGAGCGAGAAAUUCUCACGCAUCUGAAAGAAGGUGGCAUUCUUCUAGGUGAUGUGAAUGAAAUGAUGAAAGCGAGACUGGGAGCCAUAUUUAUGCCUCACGGUUUAGGUCACUUACUUGGUUGUGAUGUACACGAUGUCGGUGGAUAUACAGAUGAUGCCCCGCCUCGAAUAGCACUUCCUGGUCUACAAAAUCUACGUACUGCUCGUGUCCUGCAAACCAAUAUGGUGUUGACAGUUGAGCCAGGGUGUUACUUCAUUGACAGACUAUUAAAUCAAGCCUUAUCGUCAAUUACACUUAGUAAAUAUAUUGAUCGUAGUCAAAUUGAAAGAUUCAGAAAAUUUGGUGGGGUGAGAAUUGAAGAUAACAUCGUUGUAACAGAAACCGGUCAUGAGCUUCUAACAGAUGUUCCUAGAACUGUAGAAGAAGUCGAAAAUUGGAUGUCUACCAAAGCUGAAAGUAAUGGAAACAUAUAG